GUUUAGCGGACGGCGUGCGACCGGAGAGCUCCCCCCUUCACACAGCACAGUUCGGUCUCCUCUCCCUGCAUGCAUGCUUCGCAGCGGGAGCCCGGAGCACUGCACACCGCACACUGCACACUGCACGCUGCACGCGGGUGCCCAUUAACCGGGAUAUGCACGCCCGGUAGGCCCGCCAGGCUGACGGCCGCGCACAUUGUCUCUAUUGCGCGUGUAACACAGAGUUAGCAGUGAGGCGGGUUGUUUUGUUGAGUCGUAGUCGAGGUGGACGCGGACCGCUCCAUUCGUCGCACGCAGCACACACACACACACGCACACACACACAUUCUGCUGGGAGAGAGUGCGCACUUGUUUUUUCUUUCUCCGGGUGGAUCCGAUGAGACCCAAUCGAUACGGAUCGAUCUUUUUUCUUUCCAACUGUUGCACGGACGCGUGGGAGCGGUGAGGCAGCAUGAGUUCGGGACAGGACGAGAGCUCGGUUCGCGUGGCACUGAGGAUCCGGCCCCAGCUGGGCCGGGAGAAGAUCGAGGGAUGCCACAUCUGUACUUAUGUGAUGCCCGGGGAGCCACAGGUGAUCCUGGGGAAGGACAAGGCCUUCACCUACGACCACGUCUUCGACAUGGACUCCCAGCAGGACGCCAUCUACGAGGCCUGCACCGAGAAGCUCAUAGAGGGAUGCUUUGAGGGCUACAACGCCACCAUCUUUGCCUACGGACAGACGGGCUCGGGGAAGACGUACACCAUGGGGACGGGCUUCGACGUCAACAUCGGGGAGGAGGAGCUGGGCAUCAUCCCCCGCGCCGUGCACCACCUGUACCGGGGCGUGGCCCAGCGCCGCCAGGCCGCCCAGGACCAGGGCCGGCCCGUACCCGAGUUCAAGAUCAACGCCCAGUUCCUGGAGCUCUACAACGAGGACGUCCUGGACCUGUUUGACUCUGUCCGAGACGCCAAGCAGAAACCCCACAUCAAGAUCCACGAGGACGCGGCGGGGGGCAUCUACACCGUGGGGGUCACCACCCGCACCGUGGCCACCGAGGAAGAGAUGAUGCAGUGCCUGAAGCUGGGGGCCCUCUCCCGGACCACCGCCAGCACCCAGAUGAACGUGCAGAGCUCGCGCUCCCACGCCAUCUUCACCAUCCACCUCUGCCAAGUGCGCGUGUGCGCCCCCGACCCCGACGCUGACGCCGACGCCCAGGACGGAGAGACGGACAACAGGGUUUCCAACGGCAACUCGGAGAUCGACGAGUUUGAAACCCUGACAGCCAAGUUCCACUUCGUGGACCUGGCCGGGUCGGAGAGGCUCAAGAGAACCGGGGCGACGGGGGAGCGCGCCAAGGAGGGCAUCUCCAUCAACUGUGGACUGCUGGCCUUGGGGAACGUGAUCAGUGCCUUGGGAGACCGUAGCAAGCGGUCGUCCCACGUCCCGUACAGAGACUCCAAGCUCACCAGACUGCUGCAGGACUCCCUAGGGGGCAACAGCCAAACGGUGAUGAUCGCCUGCAUCAGCCCGUCUGACCGGGACUUCAUGGAGACUCUGAACUCACUGAAGUACGCCAACCGGGCGCGCAACAUCAAGAACAAGGUGGUGGUGAACCAGGACCGCGCCAGCCAGCAGAUCAGCGUCCUGAGAACCGAAAUCGCCCGGCUGCAGAUCGAGCUCAUGGAGUACAAGACGGGGAAGCGCUUGGCGGGGGAGGACGGCGUGGAGAGCUUCAGCGACAUGUUCCACGAGAACGCCAUGCUGCAGACGGAGAGCGGGAACCUGCGGCUCCGGGUCAAGGCCAUGCAGGAGACCAUCGACGCCCAGCGGGCCCGCCUCACCCAGGUCCUCAGCGACCAGGCCAACCAGGCGCUCAGCCGGGCAGGGGAGGGAGGCAGCGAGGAGAUCGGCAACAUGAUCCACGGUUACAUCAAGGAGAUCGAAGACCUCAGAGCCAAGCUGCUGGAGAGCGAGGCCAUCAACGAGAGCCUCCGUAAGAACCUGUCCCGGGCCUCCACCCGCCAGUCCCUGUACGGGGGCCCCGGGGGGCCCUUCUCCUCCAUGGCCCCCGAGAAGGAGACCUCGGACGUCAUUGAGCUGGCCAAGAAGGACCUGGAGAAGCUGAAGAAACGGGAGCGCAAGAAGAAGAGGAGACUCCAGCUCCUGCUGGAGGAGCGCGAGCAGCAGGGGGGGGAGGAGGCGCUGGAGGAGGUGGGGGGUCCCAGCGCUGUGAAGGAGGAGCUUCCAGACAACGACCAGGACAAGGGGGCGGAGGGGGCGGAGAAGGAGGGGCCGGAGAGGGCCAACGAGGAGGCAGAGAUGGAACCCCAGGAGGGCAGCGACCACGAGGAGGGAGAGGAGGACGAGGAGGAGGAUGAGGAGGAGAUGGACGUGGAGGAGAGCUCGGACGACUCUGACUCAGAGUCGGAUGAAAAAGAGAACUUCCAGGCGGACCUGGCCAACAUCACAUGUGAGAUCGCCAUCAAGCAGAAGCUGAUUGACGAGCUGGAGAACAGCCAGCGGCGGCUGCACACGCUGAAGCAGCAGUACGAGCAGAAGCUCAUGAUGCUGCAGAGCAAGAUCAGGGACACCCAGCUGGAGAGGGACCGCGUGCUGCACAACAUGGGCUCGGUGGAGAGCGGCACGGAGGACAAGGCCCGCAAGAUCAAGCUGGAGUACGAGAAGAGGCUGAGCGUGAUGAACAAGGAGCUGCAGAAGCUGCAGACGGCUCAGAAGGAGCACGCCCGCCUGCUGAAGAACCAGUCGCAGUACGAGAAGCAGAUGAAGAAACUGACCCUGGACGUGGCCGAGAUGAAGAAGACCAAGGUCAGGCUGAUGAAGCAGAUGAAGGAGCAGCAGGAGAAGAACCGAAUGAACGAGUCUCGCAGGAACCGGGAAAUCGCCUCCCUGAAGAAAGACCAGCGCAAGCAGGAGCACCAACUCAAGCUGCUUGAGGCCCAGAAGAGGCAGCAGGAGCUGAUCCUAAGGAGGAAGACUGAGGAGGUCACGGCUCUGAGGCGACAGGCCCGGCCCACGUCUGGGAAGGUCAUCAGGAAGGUCACAACCUCUGACCCCAGCCAGGACCCCUACAGACCUCCCUCUGGACGCAUGUACGCCCCGGGCAACGCUGCUCCAAACGGCACCAGGUCUUCGUACCGGCGCAUGACGGGCCUGUACUCCACCAGAGUGGCCCGGGUAAAAUGGCAGUCCUUGGAGCGCCGCAUCUCUGACGUCAUCAUGCAGAGGAUGACCAUCUCCAACAUGGAGGCCGACAUGAACCGCCUGCUCAAGCAACGGGAGGAGCUGACCAAGCGCAAGGAGAAGGUGAUCCGGAAGCGGGAGCGUCUGUCGAGGGAGGGGCCGGAGGCGGAGCGGGCGGCGGCGGCGCCACUGAACGAGGAGGUCGACGCCCUGGGGGCGAACAUCGACUACAUCAAUGACAGCAUCGCCGACUGCCAGGCCAACAUCAUGCAGAUGGAGGAGGCUAAGGAGGAGGGAGACACGGCGGACGUCUCGGCCGUGAUUGGCUCGUGCACGCUGACAGAAUCCCGCUUCCUACUGGAUCACUUCAUGUUCAUGGUCAUCAACAAGGGUCUGCAGGCGGCCCAGAAGGAGUCCCAGGUGAAGGUGAUGGAGGGGCGUCUGAAGCAGACGGAGAUCACCAGCGCCACCCAGAACCAGCUGCUGUUCCACAUGCUGAAGGAGAAGGCCGAGGUCAACCCUGAGCUGGACGCGCUGCUCGGGAACGCCCUGCAGGAGCUAGGUAGCAUACCGCCGGAGAACGCAGACGACAGCAGCAGCGACGAGUCAGCCCAGAGUCCCUCGGCAGAAGGGAGCACCUUGGCUUCGGACCUCAUGAAGCUGUGUGGGGACACCAGAACCAGGAGUAAGGCUCGCAGGCGGACCACCACUCAGAUGGAGCUGCUGUACCCCAACAGUGACUCCGCCCCGGACACGCCCACCGACUUCUCCAGCCCCAUGCUGCCAUUGGCCGAAACGCCGGAAGGGGGCGGGGAGCUGGACUUGUCGGGCUCCUCUGUCAGGGACUACACUGCUCUUUCUCCUGGCUUCUCCUCUAAAAUGGGCAGCAUAGCGGUCAGCUCAGGGUCCCGGGCUCCGUCAGGGGCCGAGAGGCGGGCCCCCGAGCCGUCCCCGCUCUCUCGCAGGAAGACCUAUGACAAGGCACAGGCCGCGUCCGACAGGGCAAAGGUCAAGGAGAUCAAACAGGGUAUCAUCAGCCCUGUGCAGGGCUCUAAGAGCAGCCGUCUGGCGGCUCUGCAGUGCGUCCACGUGGCUGAGGGCCACAGCAAGGCGGUGCUCUGUGUGGACAGCACCGACGACCUGCUGUUCACUGGCUCCAAGGACCGGACCUGCAAGGUGUGGAACCUGGUGACGGGCCAGGAGAUCAUGGCCCUGGGGGGCCACCCCAACAACGUGGUGUCGGUGCGCUACAGCUCCAGCCUGGUGUUCACCGUCUCCACCUCCUACAUCAAGGUGUGGGACAUCCGCGACUCGGCCAAGUGCAUCCGCACGCUCACGUCCUCGGGGCUGGUGAACGUGGGUGAGGUCUGCUCGGCCAACACCAGCCGCACCGUCACCAUCCCGGCCGGCGAGAACCAGAUCAACCAGAUGGCGCUGAACGCCAGCGGCACCGUGCUCUACGCCGCCGCCGGCAACAGCGUCCGCGCCUGGGACCUCCGCAGGUUUGCGUCGACGGGGAAGCUGACAGGCCACCUGGGUCCGGUGAUGUGUCUGACGGUGGACCAGACGGUGAACCACCAGGACCUGGUCAUCACGGGCUCCAAGGAUCACUACAUCAGGCUGUUUGAUGUGACAGAGGGGUCUCUGGGCAGCAUCGCCCCCACCCACAACUUUGAGCCCCCCCACUACGACGGCAUCGAGUCCCUGGUGGUCCAGGGAGAUCUGCUGUUCAGCGGCUCCCGGGACAACGGCAUCAAGAAGUGGGACCUGGACCGCAAAGACCUGCUGCAGCAGGUGCCCAACGCCCACCGGGACUGGGUGUGCGCCCUGGGCCUGGUGCCGGGCACGGCCGCCCUGCUGAGCGGCUGCAGGGGGGGGGUGCUGAAGCUGUGGCACACGGACACACUCGGGCCCCUGGGGGAGCUGAGGGGCCACGAGAGCCCCAUCAACGGCAUCUCCACCAACAGCAGCCACCUGUUCACCGCCUCCGACGACCGCACGGUGAAGAUCUGGCGAGCCAGGGGUGGUCUGGACAGCACCACGGACGCGGCCGACGCGGCCGAGGAACUGGCCAGCAACUGACCCCCCCCCUCCCCACCCCCCCCCUCCCCCUGCACCCUGUUGACCCCUCCCCCCUGCCGAGGGGAACCCCUGAACAGUGGCCUGGGAUGCCAGCGCUCUGCACUUUGAAUCACCCCCCCCCCCACACCCCUAACCUGUAGCCAUGGUAACCAAGCCCACAGGAAAUGUGAAAAAUAAAGGACGUUGGCGACUCGCGACUCGUCUCAGCGUGACCUUGACCACGCCCCCUUAGUCUUAACGCAGAUGGCUCCGCCCUCGUGUGAUUCCCCGCUCUGCUCUGAUAGGUGACGCCGCGAAUGAAACGGCCCCCGUGUGUUCUCCCACCCCCCCCCCCCCUCCCACGUAGACACCACUCGAUACCACGAAUGUCUGACUCCCGACACAUUGACCCCCCCCCCCCGACUGACCGUUGUGCGUCUCGCUGACCGCGCCUGCGGGCCACGCCCACUGAUUGUGAAACACGUAUUAGCAUGUAGAGAAGAGCCGGCCAAUGAGAGGGCGCCGUGCAGGGCUGGGAGCUGGCUUUCAGCCUCACCCCCCCCCCCCCUCACCCCUCCUCCCUCCUCCCCAUCACUAAUCAAGUAGCUUUACGAGAGAAGGAGACGGAUCAGAAUUACCACCUCCUCCUCCUUUCCUGCUCCUCCUCCUCCUCUUCCUCUUCGCCUCGCCGUCCUCCAUGCUGCAGCCCCGCCCACAAAGCUCGUCUUAACCGCGGUCCUAUACACUGUACACCUGACCCAUCAACGCUGUGUGUGUGUGUGUGUGUGUGUGUGUGUGUGUGUGUGUGUGUGUGUGUGUGUGUGUGUGUGUGUGUGUGUGUGUGUGUGUGUGUGUGUGUGUGUGUGUGUGUGUGUGUGUGUGUGUGUGUGUGUGUGUGUGUGUGUGUGUCCUCCGCUCCUCAUCACGGGGUUCUGACUGUUGGGGUUCAGCAGGGGAGGGGGGGGGGGGGGGGGGGGGCAGGGUCCGCUUAUUGCCAUAGCAACCCUACUUGAUGUUCACAACAAUUGUUUCCUCUUGGCAGAGGUCGCGGCCUUUGACCUGGCACUACAAUGUAAACAUAAUGAUGUCUCUCUCUCUCUCUCUCUCUCUCUCUCUCUCUCUCUCUCUCUCUCUCUCUCUCUCUCUCUCUCUCUCUCUCUCUCUCUCUCUCUCUCUCUCUCUCUAAAAAAAACAGUCUUUUCAUUGAAUGUUGUGGUCGUGCGACAGUACAUAUCUACUGUUUUCUGUAACCAAUGUAUUCAAACAGCCUGAUUGUGUGUUACUCUGUGUGGUAACGUACCCCCCUCCCCACACCCAAAGAGGACCCGAAGGAAGACUUCAGCCUUACUUCAACAGUCUUACAGACAGAUUUGCCGGUUGGGCGGCCGUCUUGAGUGUGUUUCCGUUCAGCCGCUGUAUUCUCUCACACUGGACGUUUCUCCCCCUCCCACUUUCUCCAGUUUUAGUAGUUGUUUGAAGAUGGCGGACUCGUAGUGAUUCUAAUGUCAGAUGCAAGGUUAAUAAAAUGUCAUCUGUCAAAAA